UUCUUGCCAGUUUGAUAAGCUUAGUGACACACAAUGCCAGCCGGAGUCAUAGUUGAAGUUCAUCAAAAAGGCCUGGCAACAGAUAGUUGAGUGUAGGCGAGUGCUCAAGUGGACAUAUGCAUAUGGUUAUUAUCUACCAGAAUAUGAUCAUGCUAAGAAACAAUUUUUUGAGUAUUUGCAAGGUGAGGCAGAGUCCAGAUUGGAAAGGCUUCAUCAGUGUGAAGAGAAGGAACUUCACCAGAUCCUUAGUGAUGAGAAUCCUUCUAGUAACUUUAAUGACUUCCGCACCAAGUUAGCUGGACUUACCAGUGGUAGGUCGAGGAUCCACUAUCAGAGGCAACAAAGUACUUGAAGCGGCUUGAAAGGAGCUCACCUGAUUCUUUGGAAACACACAUUCUUUCGUUUGAAGUAAAUAUGAGAAAGCGGAAAACUUUGCUUGCUUUUCAGGCGGUGAAGCAGCUGCUCCGGUUGGACGCGGAAAGCCCUGACACACAUAGGUGCCUGUUAAAGUUUUUCCACGUAGUUAGUUCCAUGGCUGCCCCAGCUACUGACUCCGAGAAACUUAUUUGCACUGUAUUAGAAGCUGAACGACCAGAAAUCAGUCAUUUGCAUGGGAAGUCUCUUUUAGAGGCAAAUGAGUCAUUCCUCGAUAAGCAUAAAGAUUCCUUGAUGCACAGGGCAGCUGCUGCAGAAAUGCUGUAUCUUUUGGAACCCAGCAAUAAGAGCAAGGCUGUGAAAUUAAUUGAGGAUUCAAGCAACAACUUGGUGCAAAGAAAUGGAGCGCUUGGAUCAGUUAAGGAAUGGAAACUCAAGGAUUGUAAUGCGGUUCACAAGCUACUCUCCUCAGUUGUAGUUGAUAUGGAUGCUGCAUCAAGAUGGAAAUUACGUUGUGCCGAAUACUCCCCACACUCGACGUAUUUUGAAGGAAGUCGCAGUUCUGCAGUUCUAAAGUCCUCGUACAACCAGAUUUCUAGUAAUCCUGAAAAUGGAGUCAACCAUCCUGCGGGUGGCAUAAGCAUGGAUUCUCUUGCGCCAAAUGGAAAACUGGAAGCUUUUAAGGACCUCUCUAUCUAACAAGUGGAGUUGAAAGCUCAUUUUGGGCAAUGUAAUUCUACAUUCAUCGGUAUGCAUGAGAGUUAGUUCACAGCAAUAGCUGCGGCUUGGGAAAUAGUUCGUUCAACCACUGGGGAAGUAUCAUUCAUGGGGCCUUUUCCAGUUCAUGGCCAUUCUGUCGCUUUAUUGGAUUAGCAUUUGCUUCUGUUCUUUUUGGCCUCCCUCUCCCUCUCAUCUUGGAAUUUGUUUUGCUAAUUGUGUAUAAUCUUCCUCCACUUUCGUUUCCAGUCGGAUUCAUAGCCUUGUGUCUGUGGGCAUGAAUGAGAAAAGGUGGCGGGCUCCAUGGGAAUAUGCAUUAAA